GUCGAUCCAUCCCCAUCGAUGGCGCUCUCUCUCUCUCUCUCUCCCGACGGGGGAAGCGGAGGGAGGGGGAACCACAAGCGCUCAGCUAGCUAGCUCUAUAGCUAUAGCGAUAGCAGUAGUACCAUCGCUGUAGAGCAAAGGGGACGGAUUGAUAGCUAAGCCAAGCUCCUCUCUUUCCCCCUUCUUCUUCCCCACACACACCCAACAAGCUUUGUGCUUUGCUUUGCUUGCUGCCGCUAGCUUUCUUGUUCCCCCUUCCUCCGGCUCCAAGUAGAUCGAUCGAGCUCUCUGUCGAAAUUCGUCUUUGCGGGGGGAAAGCUAGGGUACAUGAGAUCAUGAGCUCGGAGGACUCGCUCAAGUCGCUGUCGCUGGACUACCUGAACCUGCUCAUCAACGGCCAGGCCUUCAGCGACGUGGCCUUCAGCGUCGAGGGCCGCCUCGUGCACGCGCACCGCUGCGUCCUCGCCGCACGCAGCCUCUUCUUCAGGAAGCUAUUCUGCGGCCUCGACCCCGCCCACCAGCCCCCGCCCCCGCCGCCCCUCAACUGGCCCAACACAGCCUCCUCCGCCGCCGGCGCCGGUGGCGGUGGAUCUCGCGGAGGAGGAGGUGCGCCGGGGGCGGCGCCGGAGCUGGUGAUCCCCGUCAGCUCCAUCCGGUACGAGGUGCUGGUGCUCGUGCUGCAGUUCCUCUACAGCGGCCAGGCGUCCGUGGCGGCGCCCAAGAGCGGGCCGCUCCCCGGGUGCGGCGCCAGAGGCUGCUGGCACACGCGCUGCGGCGCCGCUGUUGAUCUCGCGCUUGACACCCUUGCCGCCGCGCGGAGCUUCGGCGUCGAGCAGCUCGCCUUGCUCGUCCAGAAGCAGCUGGAGAGCAUGGUGAAGGAAGCAUCUGUGGACGACGUGAUGAAGGUGCUCAUGGCGUCUCGCAAGUUCGAGAUGCAGGAGCUCUGGGCCACCUGCUCCCACCUGGUGGCCCGCUCAGGCCUCUCAGCCGACCUCCUGGCCAAGCAUCUCCCCAUCGACGUUGUGGCCAAGAUCGAGGAGAUCCGCUCCAAAUCGCCCCCCAUCAUCUCCGGCCUCUCGUCUUCCUCCCCGACGGCCGCCGGCCCGCGCUCCCCGUUCCAGCUCACCCACAGCUACCUCCCCAUGACCACCCCCAACCCGGCCGACCGCGACCACAAGAUCCGCCGCAUGCGGCGCGCGCUGGACGCGGCCGACAUCGAGCUCGUCAAGCUCAUGGUCAUGGGGGAAGGGCUCGACCUCGACGACUCCCUGGCCGUCCACUACGCCGUCAGCCACUGCAACCGGGACGUUGUCAAGGCGCUGCUCGAGCUCGGCGCCGCCGACGUGAACUCGCGUGCGGGCCCGACGGGGAAGACGCCGCUGCAUCUGGCCGCGGAGAUGGUGUCCCCGGACAUGGUGUCCGUCCUGCUCGACCACCAUGCCGACCCCAAUGCCAGGACUCUGGACGCCGGGGUCACCCCGCUUGAUGUGCUGCGUGGGCUGACUUCGGAGUUUCUGUUCAAGGGCGCCGUGCCGGGGCUGACUCAUAUCGAGCCGAAUAAGCUGAGGCUGUGCUUGGAGCUCGUGCAGUCGGCGGUCAUGGUGACCACGAGGGAUGAUGGUGGAGGAGGAGGUGGGGAAGGGGGGACUAGUGAUGGUGGGAACAAUGGGUUCCAGAGGAGCGAUGUGGCUGAUGAUAGCUUGGUGAGCUUGACGAUGAACUCCACGCUCAUGUACCAGGGCCAGGAGAUGGCUGGGGAUCAGGGGAGGAAUAAAGCCAGCAGCGGCGGCAACAAUGGCGGCCGCGGCAGCCCGUCCACGCUCUACUUCCCCAAUGGCUUCCCGUGAUAUCGACUGGUCGUCGUCGUCGUCGUCGUCAUCAACAACUCCGGCCGUCCGCCUAUCUUCAGGCUCACAUAUCUCCAUAAUCCACAUGCAUUUUCCUCUAGAUAGAUCGAUCCAUUCCACGGUGCUGAUGAUUUGUGGCUAGGUUGCUACUGUAUCGCUAGGAAUUGAAAGGGGGUCAUCGAUCGGUAAUUCGGUAUAUGAGUACCCAAUUAAUGCAUGCAUGGCCAAGGAUUGAUUUUCAUGGUAUUUGAUGUGGAUUUGUUGCAUCUUUUUUUCCGCAUGCACGAUUGAUUACUACUGAUCCAACUGUUUGCAUGCUAGCUAACCUUUGUUGGUUCGAUCAAAUUAACCUGCUGCCAGCAAGCACAUGCAUGUGGUCAAUAUAUAUGUUCAUCUUGAUCU